GCAGCACCCUGCCCCCCCUCCCCCGGCCGGGAGCCCCAGCUUCUCCAGAGUGUUACGGAGCGAGCGGUCCCCCCCACCCCGUUCCUCCUCCCUGAGGGGCGGAGGCGGCCAUGGCGGAGGCGGGGAGAGCCGUCGGGAGCCCCGCCGCUGCCCGCCGCCCCGUGCCCCCCCGGGCGCCGGCGGGGCGAGGCCGCGCCGUCCAGGUGUCUGUCAUUGUGCCUGUUCACAAUAGUGAAUGCUGGUUAGAUGAAUGCUUGAAGUCCGUUUGGGAACAAGAUUUUAAAGAAACCAUGGAGCUGUCAAUUUUUAAUGAUGCCAGUAAGGAUGGUUCAGCUGAAAUAAUUGAAAAAUGGAAGAUCAAGUUGGAAGAUGCUGGUGUUCCAGUAAUCAUUGGUAGUAAUGAUUCAUCUCAACCUCGAGGCGUUGGAUUUGCUAAAAAUCAAGCAGUAAUUCAGAGCUCAGGAACCUAUCUCUGCUUUCUGGAUUCAGAUGAUGUGAUGAUGCCACAGCGGGUCAGACUGCAGCAUGAAGCUGCCAUUCAACACCCAAACAGUAUUAUUGGUUGCCAAGUCAGAAGAGAGCCACUGGAGUCUACUGAAAGGUAUACUCGUUGGAUCAAUAAUCUAACUGAAGAACAGCUUCUUACACAGGUGUUUACCUCCCACGGACCUACUGUGAUCAUGCCAACCUGGUUCUGUUCUCGAGAAUGGUUUUUUCAUGUCGGAAAAUUCAAUGAGGGUGGAAAGGGUGUUCCAGAAGAUCUGUUGUUUUUUUAUAAACAUAUCCAAAAGGGUGGUGAAGUCUUUCGAGUAAACCAUUGCCUCCUGCUGUACCGUUACCAUCCACAGGCUGCAACUCAUUCCAUCCUAGAGGGAACCAUCUGGAAUCACCGAGUCAGGUUUCUCGAAGACAGAGUCCUGAGCUCCUGGACAUCAUUCACCAUUUGGAAUGCUGGCAAGCAAGGCAAGAAGCUCUACAGAAGCUUGUCACCAGCUAAUCGGAAAAAGGUAGCUGCAUUUUGUGAUGUUGAUGAAAAGAAAAUAACAAAAGGAUUCUACACUUACGAAGAAUCUGAGGAGAGACCAAAACCAAAAAUUCCUAUAUGUCACUUCAGAGAUGCAACUCCACCUUUCAUUAUCUGUGUGAAGCUGGAUUUGACAGGUGGAGCAUUUGAAACAAACCUGAACACGCUGAACUUGAAGGAAGGGAUGGAUUACUACCACUUUAACUAAAAACCAAGCGCACUUCGAAGCUCAUGCUGAGAAUCCAGUUUGUCAGGAUGCCGUGGCACGAACUCUUCCGGUCCUAAUGGCACCUGAACCAAGCUUCAGUUUACAAACCAGCAGCCAGUGCCUGCAACUUCAUUACGCUGAACUCUACAAGACAGAAGAAAGAGGUCACAGGGAGUAGCAUGUAUCACUAUCUUAACAGUAUCCCAAUCAUGUAAUUCAGUAAACUAAAUGGAGAAGAAAAUAUAGACAUACAAAGCUAUAA